UUGCUGAGAGUCUCGAAUACGAAAUCAGAUGGUGGCGUAUUGUAAUCCAGCUGGUCACGAUUUCACGUCAGCCUUUGUGGAGACGCCUUUCCAUACUACUUAUUUAUUGACGAAGUCUCACAUAAUAGUCCAAUGUGCUUCUGGCUGCUGUUGUGCGCAGGACAGACACAUCAACGUAGUCGGUAGUCCCUCUUUAACUGGAGAACUAAGUUACGUGGGAAAAAGGUAAACGACUCUGUCGGUCGAUAGGAAUUUAUUUGCGCUUCUUAUAACAAUGCUGGAUUAAAAGAAUCUGGGGAUCCUCGGUCUGCUUUGGCACAAGAGCAGCGCGGGAUCCGAGCUAGACCUUAAACUGCCAGAAGCAACAAGUAGUUUCUCAGUGUGGACCACACCCCCUUUUUAUGUCAGACGCUUUACAAUCCUGAACAGCAAGAAAAGGAGGAAGCCGAGCCCUUAACAACCUCUGGUACUGGGAGUGUGAGCAAAGGGAUAGGUCUCUAGAGAGAGGAGCAGGUUUUUGAGGCUGGUGAUGCAACUCACCUGAAUGCCUUUUAUUCCCGCAGUGAUAUCUGUCUCUGCUUGGCAGACAUACACCCCACCGUUCUGAGUUGUUUCCCAGAUAUUUCUCAACUCUGGAGCCUUUUCAGUCCUCCCAGCUGGAAAAAACCCAGCUGACCAUCAAGAGACAAGAGACGGAGAAGAAAACCAAGGCAAGAAGGAAUUCAGUGGGGAGGAGGUCGCGGAAGAAUUCUCAUGGGGACGCAGUCAGCCCUUCUGAAAGGAGUCCACCGAAAUCCCCUUCAGCCAAGCUGGGUAAAGCCUGUGUGAAGCCGGACUUGGGCAAGGAGCCACCUGUUUUUGCUGUGCCCGUCUGUGUGGGUUCUUCAGAUGGGGAGACGCCUCGUUCCUCUCUCUCUGAAAGUCCUGUUUCAGAGAGCCCAGAUCUGCUUGAAUGGCACACAGAGGGUGCAGAGACCAAAGCCCAGAGCCCCCGGGCAUCAACUGGUGAGAAGUUCCUUGCCAAGAAGGUUAUCGUGAGCUCAGCACUGAGUCCAGAGAGGCACACACAUGUGGGGAUGGCUAAGCAACAGAAAGGCCUCACAGAUACAGCAAAGAAGAUUUCCUUGAAGUCUGAGCCUCAACCGCUUCCCGAUCCGAAAAAUGUGAACUUGAACAUAAAGCGUGCAAACAGGAUUGCAGAUAAAAUUAGUUUGUUUGAGAGACGGGCCACAGGUCAAGCCCACAAGGCCAGCGGUGGCACGCAGAGUAAGGAUUCUCCCAGACCAAUGGGGAGACUGUCAGUGAGGACUGCGUGCAAACCUCACUCAAAAAACGGUGAAGAGGCUGUGCAUGGAAGUCCUGCUGCAGACACUCACACUGCAUCAGUGGUAGUGCCAGACCGAACCAAAGAUCCGAAGUAUCCUACAAAACUAAGCACUAAGAGUGUGAAGGAGCGGGCAAGGGACUUCACAGACACAUGGCGAAGUGAAAACGGAAGUGAUGCUGGGACACGUCACAAUCUGUACCGUAAAUAUGCUCAGAAGGAUACCUCUGUGUCACACUUAAAAUCAAGCGGUGGAGAUGUUGCUCCUUUGUGUCAAGAUAACAAAUCUAAGAUGAUGUCUGGACAACAGGCAGGAGCUGCUAUGAAAAGUCAAAAAGUGUCAGCCACUAUGGAACGUGUCAAACUAAAUAAAGGACAGAGUAAGGAAGGAAAUAACUCCAUAAACCCAAGUUCUAAACUUAACCUGGAAAAAGGCUGUGAAGCUGGCAAAAGCAUGAAAGUUCUAAGUAAAAAGACCUUUAUAAGACCAAGUAGUAGUGGAUCCUCCAGUUCUUUUAACAAGGACAGUAAAAGGCAUCAGAAUGAUAAGAACAUCAUAAUGCAAAAAGAUGAGUUACCUGAAACACCAACAGGGGACACCGCAGUGAAAGAGGAAACCAACAGCAGACCCUCAGAGUCUGAUGUGAAUGACCUUAGAGGGGAAACAGAAAGCAAAGUGUCAGUGACUGAGAACGGAUCACCUGCACCUCUUAAAGAGGAAACACAGGAUGAGGAGAGAGCGAGAGCAGAGGAAGCGAAAGACUUCCCACUCACAUCACUGAAUGAAACCACACUGCCCUUAGCAGUCCCAUUACAGGAUGAUGAAGAGGCCUCUCACCGCAAGUCCGACUCAAUAGUCAUAAACACACAAGAAAAUCUAAUAAAGCCUCUUACUGGUCAAUCGACAUCAAAUGCAACCAAGCCUGAGAAGAAGGACAUCAACAACGACACAACUGGCACCCAGCCACCUGAUGAUCAGUCCCCAGCACUUGUACCAUCUGAACCCGCUGGGAAAAUGUGGGAAGAUAAGAUCUUGGAACAAACAGGUCAGGGGACUCAAAAAGAUCAUCAACUUCAUACUAAUUUGCAAGAAGAGAAUAUACUUGUGAAAAGUGCAGUCGAACCUGCUGGUGCAGGUCCAACAAUUACUGUGCAUCUACAAGACCAGAAUGUGGCUGUUGAGACAGACUCGCCUAACCUUGUCUGCACAGAGGUGACAGAAUUAUCUUGUGAAACUGGGGAAUCCCAAGAAUUUACAGAUUUUGGUGAUUCUUCUUGCGCAUCAGUAUGCCAAGUGCCAAACAAUGAAAACAAUCAGAAUGAUAUUGCUUCUCAAUCAAAAGGGAAAAACCCUUCAGCUAUUCAUGGAGAAAGGAGUGGAGAAGAAAAGUGGUCAGUGGCUGAUGGGCCAGAUGUUAAGACUAAAAAUAAUUAUGACCCCAACCUUACUGUGAUUGCAGAAGUGGGGAUAUCAGAGCUGAGCCUGAAGGAUGAAGAGGAACAGGUAGACUCACCGCAGGAACCUUUGAAACAGAGCGAACUUCCCAAAGGUGUAGAUGGGAUGCAGGAAGAUGCCACAAGAGUCCCUUCAGGUGCAACACACAGAAUUACGAAGCACAUUGAAGAAUCCUUACAGAAGGCAAACUCUGCAAUGGACUCACAGGCAGGUGGUGACCUGAUAAAUCAUGUUACAGAGCAUUUGAAACCUGCGGCAACUAAGCCACAAACUGACACUAAUCACAUGGAUGAAAAAACGUUUGAGAAAAUACUAGACACAACACAUUCUACUAGUCAAAGUUAUCACACUGACAUGAAAUUAAACCAUGUUAAUGACAAAAUCUCUGAAAGCAAAGUCACUGAGCCCAAUGGGCCCCAGUCACCUUCUAAUGCACAAAAAAAGGAUGUGUCUGUGAAAGAUACCAGUGUAGUCAGCAUGGUGUGCAAGGAAGGAGGGCCACAGUUCCUGGAUGGGCCGUACAGAGUAAUCGAGAACGUCCAAGAGCUGGACUCAGAAUAUAAUGAAAAGGAAACAACUCCUUCUAUGCCAAGUACCUGCAGUGACGAAAGUAACGAAUUGGGACUUUCAGUUGAAUACGGGUCAGACAUUAAGGCUGAAAUUCAUCCUGUUACUCCAAUUGUAAAUGGAGGAAAUCUGUCCGACUCUCAGAUUGAAGUCAGGGAGAGCACCUCCCGUCUCACUGACCCACCCAAGGGUACAGAGGUGACUUGUGCUGUUAAAAAUAGGCCAGCAAAUCUCCAGCAGUUCCAGAUGAACAAGUGGCCUGUCUCCACUGACAAACAUGUCAUCUUGUCCAGCUGGUUGGACGUGGAACAGAAGUUCACAAAGAAGACACAGAAGGGCAUCAGCGGACCAUUAAGCUCUUCUAUCAGUGAAUACAAUCUUUUGGGCACCUCCAAUGAGUUUGAGGGCUUUAUAGACAACAUUAAGAGGUUGGGCUCUCCAUUCUCUCUUCCCCUAAAGAAACACGGUCAGCCUAAGCUACCCUUGCUUCCUUUCACCCUGCCUGUGAUUAAAGAGGAACAUUUAGAGAAACCUUUUAAUCCUAUGGAUUUCGAGUUUGGAAUCGGGAAGAACAAAGCCAAGACAGAUCUGUGUCCUGGUGAGUUUAUUAAGCGACACAGCACUGAUGCCCAUAGUAGCCUGAAGCCCAAACAGGUUAGUACAGAUAGAACCAGCAAGCUUUUCCAGUUAAUUCAGAACGAUCAGGAAGAAGACAACCAGGAGCAAGAAAAGGAGAUGAAACAGGAGCCUAAGAAAAUGUCCUCGCGUCUGAGGAGCAGCUGUAUCCUCUCUAGCCUUUUGAGCUCCUCCGAGACAAAGAAGCCCAAGAGUAAAACAGACCCUGCCCUGAGCAGCCCAGUUUCGACUGGCAUGAUCUCAGAUCCGCUGAUCUCAGUAACACAGACUAUGGUAACGCUAACUCCACUGCCAAGUGCAAACAUUCAGCCCACUGCUCCUACUGCAGGGACAGAGGUGGUCCAGUGCCUCUCAGCAUUUCCGUCUCCCUCACUGAUAGCUCACAAACCUCCAGAACAACCUUCAAAGUAUCUUCCACUGGAGAAGAAGGCAGAGACGACAGUUGUAGACAAAUUCCACAAACGUCCCGGAAAGAUUGUCAUUCACGAGAAAGCCCAUUUCACUGGUAAAUCAUUUGAGAUCUUUAGAGACAUGGUGGAUGCUUCAUCACUAAAUCUGUCAUCUGUCAUUUCUGUCAGAGUGGUCAGAGGAUGCUGGAUGUUGUAUGAGAAGCCUGGCUUUGGGGGGCGCUCAGUUGCCCUGGAGGAGGAGCCUAUUGAGUUACUUUGCCUUUGGGCCGAAGAAGGGGCAUCCCAUGCACCAUGUCUGCAGUCGACUCCAGUCCCCCCUGUCAUUGGUUCAAUCCAGUUGGUUAUCAGGGAUUACAGGCCAGCACACAUUGACCUGUUCACAGAGCCUGCGGGGUUAGGGAGGCUGUCGUCCUAUUUUGACAACACCCCUGAUAUCUACGCUCUCAGGGUUCAACCGAGCACAGCAUCCAUAACAGUUCAUUCUGGCAUCUGGUUGGUCUACAGUGAGCCAGGAUAUGCUGGCCAACUGGCCGUGCUGGAACCGGGCCAGUACCCCAAUUCUGAGUCCUGGGGCUUUCCGGCACCCUGUGUUGGUUCCAUGCGACCCCUCCGAAUGGGUGGACUGAAGGUUGAGAACCCAAAUGAAGUAAAGGCCCUGGUGUAUGAGAAGGCAGGCUUUGAAGGACCUUUCAUGGAGCUGGAAGGGAAUGUUUUCAGUUUUGGAGAGAAAAAACUUCAUGGAAAGGCUAAGAGCUCAGUCUCCAAAGGCAGCAAGAUACAAGCUGUGGGCUCAGUGAAAAUUCUUGGAGGACUUUGGGUUGGUUAUGAGAAGCCUGGAUUUGAGGGCAGACAGCACGUCCUGGAAGAGGGAGAGUAUGUGGACUGGACUGACUGGGGAGGCACUCAAGAGCAGCUCCUUUCGAUCCGACCUGUGAUAGCUGACUUUCUGUCCCCGUAUGUAAAGAUGUACAGCGAGACAGACUGUGAUCAAGGAAUCAGUGCAGAUCUUUUCGAGCCGAUCACCAACCUUGAGGAGAUGGGUUAUGGAAUGAAGACAGCGUCCAUCGAGGUGCUUGGCGGCGUCUGGGUGGCAUUUGAGGAACCAGGUUUUUCUGGAGACGUGUAUGUGCUUGAGAAGGGUCUCUAUGGAAAACCAGAAGACUGGGGAGCCCCGAGCACACAAAUCCUAUCUAUACAGCCUGUGGUCCAGAAUAAUGUGGGUAAAACUGCUACAUUUAAGCUGCAGCUGUUCUCAGAGCCUGGGUUCAAAGGUAGCGUCCGAUGUCUUGAGGGGAGUGUUUCUGAGUUACCCGGAGAUGCCUCUUUGGGCUCCUGCAGAGUGCUGGCUGGCAGCUGGCUGGGAUUUGAAGGCUCAGGCUUCACCAGCAGCAUGUAUGUCCUGGAGGAGGGCGACUAUCCCAGCCUUGGCGCCAUCGGCUGCUUCUCUGCUGGCUCCGCCCUUCGCUCCUUCCAGACCACAGGCUUUGAAUUUUCUGUCCCCUCCAUCACCCUCUUCACCAAACCUGGAUUCAGGGGCAGGAAGGUGCUUCUCAAUUAUGGAACUGUGAACCUCCAGAUGAAUGGCUGUGACACCUGGGUGCAGUCUGUGCUUGUGGGUGGGGGACUGUGGGUCUUGUACGAAGGAAUUAGCUUCCGUGGACGUCAGCUUCUUCUGAGACCUGGCGAGGUAGCAGACUGGUACGAGUUCAGCAGCUGGCGGCAAAUCGGGUCGUUGCGUCCACUGAUCCAGAAAUCAGUGUACUUUCGUCUGCUGAAUAAGGAAACUGGGUUGUUAAUGUCACUCACUGGAUCACUGGAUGACAUCACACUGAUGCGAGUUCAGGCGGCAGAGGACACAAACGGGGCUGAGCAGAUCUGGGCCUAUCAGUAUGGCCUGCUGUUCUGCAAGGUAGCUGAAAACUGUUGCUUGGAGACUUCCGGAGGCAUGGUCAUGGCUGGAAGCCGGCUCAGCAUCUCCCCACAGCCGGGGAAGGACAGCCAUUUCUGGACUGUCACUGCAGAUGGGCUUGUCCAUUGCCACAUGAGACCAGAUUUGGUGCUAGAGGUCAAAGGAGGACAACAGUAUGGGAAAGCUCAAGUGAUCCUAAACACUUUUGAUGAAAAUAAGAAAAAUCAAAGAUGGUCUUUGGAGAUCUUAUGAUGUCAUGAAAAACUCCAUGUAUGUAGUUAAUCCAUUGACUUUGUUGUGUAGCCAGCUUGGAGCCCAGAGGUGUUACAGCUCAAUGGUGGAUCCUAGAGUACAAUUUUAAAAAAUAGCACACUAUAUAUGGACAUGUAUCACUUAGGAAAUUCCAUUUACAUUUACUUUGUCUAGCAGAUACUUUUAUUCAAAAUGAUGUUAAGUGAGGCAAGUAGCACAUUACAAUCACAUGGUUAUUUGUUUCCUCUUCCUAAGCAUCUGCUGUUUUCAGGCCAAAUCCAUGGUUAUUUUGGCAUCAGAUACAGCGAAGUUUCUAAAAAUGUCUGUUUUUGUAUAUAUGAAUGUCUGAACUUUUAUUAACAUCACAUGGAUUUGAAGAUUAAACAUGCGAAGCUGCUGGAUUUA